UUGUGGGGUUGGGUUUUAUUUUAAAUUUGGUAUGGAGAAAGGAAGGAAGAGGAAAAUGGAAAGUGAAGAAGGGGAAGAAGAUGAGGAAGAGCAGAUACAGAAGUUCUAUGCUUUGAUUAGAAGCACCAAGGACAUGAGAGAUCGAUUGAGGAACAUCCCAGAUGGAUCCAAAGAGAGAGAAGAGGAGAGGAAGGCCGUCGCUUGGAAUCCAACGUUUCAACCGGAAGAUUUCAUGGGGGAUGACAAGUCCAAGGAUCCCCUACCAAUACCGACUCAAGCUGGCCCUUCUUCAAAGACAGAGCAACAACAAGAAGAUGAAACCAAGGAGAAAGGAGAAAGUAGGGGAAUUGACUUGAAUCUUUCUUUGUAGCAUCAUUAAUUUAUAAAUUACAACGGGUUUGUGUGUUUUUUUUUUUUUUUUUUUUUAAUAAUAGUUAUAUAGGAGGAAUCCUCUCUUUUUCUUUAAAUUUGUUUAUAAUUUUUCUUUCAUUUGAUUUAAAUUUUAAAUAUAAAAUCUUUAAUUUA